AUGGAAAAUAAAACAUCCCUUUUCUUCGGGAUUAUUUCUUGCACUUUGCUCGUCCUGUGCAGUGCAACCCAGGAGGAGUACGUGGCCCUGGAGAAGGCAGUCAGUAGUUUGUCCAAUGUUGUUGGCACAUACAACGCUGAAUUUGACAAGAAAGUCAAAUUUGAUGUCCUGCAGGAAGCCAUCGAUGCAAUCGAUAAAGCUAUGUUUGGCUACCAAGGAGAAGCUAAAAAGCAUCUGGAUGAAUCGACGGCCGAGGACAGGGAUAUGCUGUGGAACAUGACUGUGACUGCUCUAGCUUCAGGGCUCAGCAAGACGAGCGUCUCAUUGGAAUUAUUGGAGCUGGUGCAGAGCAAAGUUGAAAAUUUGAAACAGUUGCUGGAUGUUAUUAUGCGGGAGCUGGACAAUGAUUUCGCCCCUGAAGGAUAUUAUGGAAAGCAGAAACAGUCCCUGCAGGAGGCUUUGGAUGGUAAAGGCACUGUUGUCGCCAAGGCCAUUGCCAAACUUAUUACAUCAAUUUUCGAGACAGUCGUCCGUGUUGUGACAGGCAAUAUUGGUGAGGCCUUGACUAUGUUGCCGACAUUUGUGGAUCAAGGAUUGGGAGUCGUGAUGCAGCUCCGGGAGAAGGCUACCAUUGAUCAACAACUGAAGGCAAUUGAAGUUUUCUUCAAAACGCUGACUGAAAAGAUAACCUAUGCUAAGAAAAUAGCUCUGGAAGUCGACGCGGCUCUAAAAGAGGAUCAUAAGAACUUGGAUUCUCUGGCUACCUUAAUUGAUAUCGCAAACCAGAACAAUCAAUUGCUGCUCCUUGCGGAUCCAAAUCUCCGAGCUCAGAUAAUUCCCAAACUGAAUGAUAUGGGUCACCAGUGCUAUGAGUACGUUAUUUGGCACGGGCAUGGUUCAAAGAACUAUCUUUACAACCAAGUUAGGACCAAACGUCAAGCACCCGAAUCUUGCGAAACGGGAAGGAUAAGGCGAUUACUCAAAUCCCUACCGGAAAAUUACAAUUUCAAUAUGAAAAUGGACCUACUGCAUCCGAAAUCGCAAAUGAGGAAAUAA